ACGCCCCCUUCCGUCACAUCCCCCGGACAGCCGAUGUUAUGAAAUUGUCGCUCCACCGUUUGCAUGGGUUUAACUCUCUCUUGUAAAAUAUACGAACGUUUUAACCCAGAUAAAUGUAAAGUAAAACGUAAAUAAGUCAGUCUAUUAUUUACUUUGAACGCUAUCAGUGUACGAUCUGCAUCUGUUACUAAACUGCUUGCGUAACACGAGGUGUUGGCUGGCUAUGUAAGCUGGGACACCAACAUCAGGCACUGAGGAGUGAAGACCUCACUUUGCUUUAAAGCUGUCUUACAAGUUGGCUCUUGAAUAACACGUUUUUCUGUAGUGAGUUGAAGGUAUUUGCUGAUGUUCUCCAACGCACGACCAUGUGUUGUCUCAGGUUUGGCCAGAUUGUCCACUUGUGUAAACUCAAGGGCAUUAAGGGUGACACCUGCCAUCUGUAGACAUCAGCAUCGGACCUACAGCUCCGAGUCUGCAGGUGUCAAGGUGCUGUAUGAUGGGCUGUGUCCCAUUUGUGUGACCGAGAUCAGGUUCCUCCAGUUUUUGCAGAGAAGCAAGCCAGGAGAAGUUGAUUUUAUCGACAUCUCCCUGCCAGGAUAUGAUGGAGAGAAACACAAGGGUGUCAGCUAUGAGAUGGCCAUGGACGAGAUGCAUGUGAUUGACGAGAAGCAGGAGGUGCACCGUGGAAUCCCAGCCUUUGCAGUCAUGUACGGCGCAGUGGGACUCGGCUGGUUGGGCCGCCUCAUGAUGUGGCCUCCUGUGAGACCGUUUAUGGACAAAUCCUACGCAAUCUUUGCCAAAAAUCGUUUAAAGUGGACCGGACGAGGGGACGAGUGCACCACAGGACGCUGUGAAAAGAAAGCAAACUGACUCUUUAUUGCAGAAAAACAGUACGUUUAAUACGUUACUCAACUAUGAAGAAGAACAACAUAAUGGUUUGUCCUGUUAAAAUACCAGUUUGUUAUAAACUGGAAAAGUUCCUGGACUGUUUCCAGCAGAAGGGCAGAAUUAAGUGUCUGCUUGAAUGUGUAUUCUUUGAGGCAUCAUUUUAAUGCAGAACCCCUUUCCUUUUAAGACUAUCCAGACUAUCCAAAAAAGACAUGAAUGAACUGACUUGAAGUACCAGAAGAAAAUCUCAAUCUUUUUUCUGCACUUCACCGUAAAUGGCCCAAAAUACUAAACAUUCAUGCUCAAGAAUGGCUGUCAAAUGACCUUCCAAAUAAAAGACGUAAAAAGCAAAAGGUA